AUGACAAGCGUUACCAACUGGCCAUUUCCGGAAGUGGCCCGCCACUCUCGUUCCUUUGUCGACGAAAAGCCUCUUCGUGAUGAGGAGUCUCUCAAGGAGGAUGUUCUCACAAAAGGGGACACCACGCUGGUCGUGGGCAGUACUGAUCUCUUCGACGAAUACGGCCAGAUCCGUCUGAUUCCUAUGCCAAGUCCGGAUCCCAAGGACCCUCUCAAUCUACCAAACUGGAGGAAGUGGGUUGCUAUCGGAGUUCUUUGCUUUUUCGGAUCUCUUGCCUUAUCUGCAGAGAUUGUGAUCGGCGGUCUUAUCCCAAUCUUCCUGCUCGAGUAUGCUGGUCUUGACCCGCGGACCAUCAAGGAGGUCGACUUCGUUGCGCAAAGCGGCGGAAGCGGAGCCACGUUGAACCCGCUUGCCGUCAUCCCUCAAGGUGUCACUCCUCCAGACUUGGGGAGGGUAUCACUGCUGGCGACUGUACCGUUGUUGGCUAAUGGAAUCGCAAGCUAUUUUCUCGUUCCCCUGUCUAUUGCUAUUGGGCGUCGACCUGUUCUUCUGCUGACAGGGGCGAUGGCAUGGGGAGGUGGUUUGCUAGCCGCCUUGAGCACAUCUCUCGACAGUCACCUUGCAGCUCGGGCAUUGCAGGGCCUUGGCGCGGGUGCAGUUGAGGCUUUGAUACCACUGAUUGUCCAAGACAUGGUGUUCAUUCAUCAGAGAAACAAGGCUAUGUCUGCUAUUGUAUCGAGUCAGGGUAUAAUCAUCAUUGGUCUUGGAAUCUCUGCCCCUUAUGUUGCCGCCAACUUCACCUGGCGCUGGCUCUACUAUAUCACGUCGGGUUUUGGUAUCCUUGCUUGGUUCUUGCUUAUUGCAUUUCUUCCGGAGACUCGAUGGACGAGGUCUCCGGAAGAGCUAAGUGGCCAAAAGGUUCAUCCCGUUUCAUUUGGACAGAACCGGCCCGAUCUGGACUUCAAUGCUUACACACCACGCACUACGUGGACCAACGUUGGUGUGUUCCAGUUCGGGUUUGAGUUCAAAAAUGCUGGCAAGUCCAUGUUGGAUACGUUGAGGACGACCAUUUUCCCCGCGGUGAUUUGGGCUGUCUUGGCCAACAGCAUCUUCAUCAUUGUCAACCAGGCUGCGGCUCAGCUCUCGUCGUUCGUCCUUCUUGCACAAGGUUGGGAGUUUCAGUAUACAGGGCUAUCGGUUAUCCCUUUUGUGGCAGCAUCCGGCCUAGUGUACCUCCUUGGCGGUCCCGUUGCUGACCGUGUAUCCAACGCGGUGACUAGGCGCUACGGCGGUGCAAGAGAGGCAGAACAUCACCUUCCCAAUCUAGUCCUCCCGUUUGUCUCCGGCAUCGCUGGAGUUUUUAUCUUCGGAUGGGCAGGUCAAAACAACGUUCACUGGGCUGUUCUCCUGUUUGGUUCCUUUCUCAUCAUAUUCGCGUUCCUAACUGUCAUGACUGUCCUGAACGUCUUCAUUGUGGAGAGUUAUCCGAUGUGGGCUGGACCGGUGCUGGUUAAUGUGUCCAGCCUCCGCAUCAUUACAGCCUUUUUCUUAGCCAGCGAAGUCACGACCUGGGUCGCGGAGAAGGGUCUGCUGGGAACUUUUGUUAUCUAUGCCGAAGUCAUGAUUGUGGUGUCAUUGGGUAUUCCAGCUCUUUUCUUUGGGGGCAAAAAGUUGCGCCAGUUGACUGCGGGCAGUGUCCGUGCAAAAAUGCCCGCAAAGAUGGUUGAUGAUUCAAUGAGCGAGAGAUCUGUGUAA